AUGCCGAUACUAUCUAUAUUUCCUGAUUUGUUCAUAUCUAUCUAUCUAUCUAUCUAUCUAUCUAUCUAUCUAUCUAUCUAUCUACUCUCUCUUCAGAUCUAUCUAUCUACUCUCUCUUCAGACCUAUUUCAUUCUCAUAUCUAUCUAUCUAUCUAUCUAUCUAUCUAUCUAUCUAUCUAUCUACUCUCUCUUCAGAUUUCUAUUUCAGAUUUAUUUCAUUCUGUUCGUGUCUUUCACCUAUCAGCGUUUCUCUUUAUUAGCAUAUCUAUCUAUCUAUCAUCUAUCUAUCUAUCUAUAUCUAUCUAUCUAUCUAUCUAUCUAUCUAUCUACUCUCUCUUCAGAUUUAUUUCAUUCUGUUCGUGUCUUUCUACCUAUCAGCGUUUCUCUUUAUUAGCAUAUCUAUCUAUCUAUCUAUCUAUCUAUCUAUCUAUCUAUCUAUCUAUCUAUCUAUCUACUCUCUUCAGAUCUAUCUAUCUAUCUAUCUAUCUAUCUACUCUCUCUUCAGAUCUAUUUCAUUCUAGUUCGUUUUUUCUUUCUUUUUACUUACAUAUCGAGGAUUUUCUGGCAAGACUUUCUCCAUCAUAUACAAACAUUUUUCCCCCUACAAACCAAACUUUCUUUUUCAUAGACUUCAGAGAUCUCAUAGACGUCCAAAACACACAAUCCGUCAAACACCUACACAGUUCUUUGGUGAACAGUUCUCCGUCAGUAGCACAAUUCUGA